AUGUCGAAUCUGGGGAAAGCGCUAGGGUUGCGCGAGUUGGCGCGAGAAAAAGCAGAUGCGGGGAGCGAAGGGGGAAGCAGCGGUUCAGGUCACGCGCGACCAGCUGCGCCUUCCGCUCCGCCCGCGCACUUGCGCCCGCACCGCGGCUACCUCAAACAGAUGUCCAUGCCCGCGGGGAAAGCCACCACUGAUGCAGCCGCCGCCGCCGCCGCCGUAACUGCCGCAGCCGCAGCGCGCGGAGCAGAGGGGAUGAGCGGGGGAGCGGGCGGGGGAAAGGGUGGCGGAACGGGGGGAGAGAAAUUGCGGUGGGGGGAGUGGAUGGGGCGACCGCACCAUCAGGAAGGGAGAGGGGGAAGUAGGGGCGGGGGGGGGAUGGGCGGGGAUAACGUGGGAGGGGCGAGCACUCGUGUGGGAUGGCUGGACGCAUCUGGACGGUCGGAUUUCGCGAUUAUUGUGACGAGGACAAGUGGCGCGCUCUGGUUGGAGGAGAUGCACAGGCGUAGGGUGCAUCACGCGCUGUGCGGGUUUGGGCGGGAAAGGAAGAGCCUUGAGGCCUUUGCAAUGGCGCAGCAGCGGAAAGAGGACGGGGAAGGUAUAGUGGGGGAGGAAAACCAAGGGGAGACUGGGGGAGAGGGUGGAAAAAGGGGUGGAGCAGAGGGGGAAGACAAGGGAUUAGAGGGAAAGGAGACGAUUGAGAAAGGGUCGGCGAGCUCUGCUCGUGCUGCAGCUGCUGCGUUGGCGAUUCCACCUAAGCUAGUCCCUGGCGCGUUGAAGCGUGCUCCGUUAACCAGAAAGGUGAAACGGGGACUUGAAGGGGUGGGGGAUGGGGCAGUGUACAGUGGGGUUACUGUAGAAGGUGUGCUUAUAGGGGGUGUUAUGCAAGCGGGUAAUGCUGCCAGUGGCAGUGGUGGGGGUCGCACUGGUUUGGACGGGGAUUUGGGAAAAGGGGUUGGGGAAAGCAGGGGAGGCGGCGGAAGAGGGGACGAGAGUGGGGGAGUUGGCGGAGAGAGGGGAGAGGGGGGCGGAAGUAGAGAGGGGGGAGGCGGGGGGAGUGGGGAAGAGGAGGGGGAUCGGGAGGAACGAGGGUCGGAUUUUGCUCUAGAGGAGCAAGGAGAAGACGAGGAGGAGGAGGAGGAAGAAGAAGAGAGCUUGAGAGGAGAUGAAGAAGCGGACGAGGACGAGGAGGGAGGAGCGUUGGCCAGACGGUCAGCAAGCAGUGGCAGCGCUAUCAUCCGAAGGAGAAGGUUACAGGAAGAAGCAAGGCAAGGAGGAGGGAGAGGGAGAGGCGCAGCAGCAGCCGCAGCAGCAGGAGGAACGGUGGGAGAAGCACGGGUGCAGCGGGGAAGCUGCGGGGGAGGAGCAGCCGUGCACGUGCCGCACUGGAGGAGAGCCAGCGGGGGAGGGGACGGGGAGAGAUGGCAGACAGCACGUUAUGAACCGAGCCCAACCGUUUCAAUCGACUGCACCAUGUCUUCCACUGCCUCGUCCCCCCUAGACCCCGCUCUCAUGCAAUCCCCGUACUACCCACACCAUAUCCUGCCGCACAACCUGCCGCCCCUGCACGUGCAGAACCGGCAGCACCGGCGGCAGCUGUCGAAUCAGUCGUUCCCUGUGGGGCUGCAGCAGCAGGGCCCUCGCUCGCCUCUCUUCUCCAUGCCUCGAGAUGCUGGGCUUCCCCCCGCUCCUGCUCCUGCUCCCGCUGCUGCUGCUGUUUCUGCUGCUGGUGGUAGUAACGACGGUGCUGGUGCAGGUGGUGUGGAGGUUCUAUCUGCUGGGCAGCAAGGGGAUGGAGAAGCAGCAAGAGCGGCAGCAGCAGCACUGGCAGACUUAGAGGAGGCUGUGGAGCAGAGCGAAGAGAAGGGCGAUGAGAAUGACAAGGAGCAGAGUGCAGAGCAGAGCAUACAGCAAAGCUCAAGCGCGGGGCGGAGGAGAGUGAUGGCUCGUUUCCCCAGGGCCAUGUCCACUCCUGCUGGGAUCGGCAGAUCGCCUUUAGGGGGGAGCAGCCCUCUGUCUGAUGUGGAUGAUGGAGAGGACAACAGGGUGCGUGGGGAGGAGAGUGCGGAGGAGGAAAGUGGGGAGGGGAGUGAGGAGGGGAGUGGGGCGGCGAGUGAGGGGGGAGGAGGGGGGAGUCCUCACAUGAGUGAGUAUGAGGUGGGUGGUUUACAGGAGACCAUUACCGAGGGCACUGAGCCUUCCGAAUCCAGCCACAACCACCACAGCCAAUCAUCAUCCCCUUUACAACACGACCCAGUAUCGUCACCACGCGCCGGAACAGCCGCCGCCAUUGCAGCCGCUGCCGAAGCCGCAAAUCCGAGCCUGCCGCCGACCCUGGCCUCCCUGGGGAAGAAAGCCGAAGCAACGCUGUCGACCCGAACCUACCGGGAUAAGGACGGGAUAGAGUGGCACAAGCGCGGGCCUCUUACCGAAGCUGCAGCUGUGGAGUUUGAUACCGAGCCUAUGGACAUGCCUGCUGUGGUGGAUCGGUAUGGAUUUGUGGCGGAGGAGGGGGAGGGGAGGGACGGGUCUGGGGGAGGCGAGGAGGUGAGAGGGGUGGCAGGGGUGCAUCCUCCGCAGGCAAGCUUGUUGGAGAAGGAGGAGCGGCUGUUGUUUAUCAAGGAGGAGAGGGAGGUGCGCAGGUGGCGAGCUAUGAUUGGUCUGGGGCCCAUGGACUGGAACCUCUACCAGAGGAAGCACCCCCGGGAGGUCAAGAAGCGGAUAAGACAAGGCGUGCCGGACUGCCUGCGUGGGAUCGUGUGGCAGCUUUUGUCUGGUAGCCGGGAGUUCCUGUUGAUGAAUGAAGGCGCGUAUGAGCACAUGUUACUGUACGAGCUAUCCAACAACGAGAUGGACAUCAUUCGAGACAUCAACCGCACCUUCCCCACACACGUUUACUUCAUGCAGAAGCACGGCCCGGGGCAGAGAGCACUCUUUAACGUGCUCAAAGCAUACAGCGUGUAUGACAAGAAGAUUGGAUACGUGCAGGGCAUGGGUUUUAUUGCUGGUCUCAUGCUGCUGUACAUGGCGGAGGAGGACGCCUUCUGGCUGCUCGUGGCGCUCAUGAAGGGUGCUAACCACACGUCACUCGAAGGAAUCUUCCUCGUGGGUCUGCCGCUGGUCCAACAGUACCUCUUCCAGUUCGACCGCCUCUUACACGAGUGCCUGCCACAGCUCGCACGGCACAUGGAGGGCGAGGGAGUGACGCCCUCCAUGUACGCGUCGCAGUGGUUUAUCACCGUCUUCGCCUACAGCUUCCCUUUUGCGACCACCCUGAGAAUAUGGGACGUUUUCCUGUUUGAGGGCAUGAAGACAGUGUUCCGGGUGGGACUGGCUCUGCUGAAGCAGCAACAGGACGAUCUGCUGCAGAUGCCCUUUGAGGACCUCGUGCCGGCCCUCAGGACGUACCCGGACCGCAUCCUGGAGCCAGACACACUGCUCAACGUCGCCUUCUCCUUCAAUGUCUCAGAGCGGCUAAGGGAGCUGGAGGCAGAGUACAAUGCGAUGCAGCACCCACCGCCCAUCACAGGCCCCAAGGCGCAUGGGGAGGUGGAGGAGGGAGAGAGGCACGAGGGGGCGGGAGGGGAGGGCCACCAGCGGAAAGGCUCCCGGUUCCAAAUCCGCCAGAGAAUCAAAUCUGCAUUUUCCCGCCCACCAAUAGCAUAA